AUGGGACUGUUCUACUUCAAACUGUGCCAGUUGAAUUCUCUUAUUCUAUCUCUUCAAGCUCGAGAUAUUGUCAGCUAUUCUUGCCCUAGCGGGUGGAAACUUUAUGAAAAUACUUGUAUUAGGAAAUACAAUAACUUUAAGAGCUAUGACGAUGCUAUAGAUAAAUGUCAUACUUAUAGUGCCCAAUUAGUCUCCAUUAAAACAGUAGGCAAAGAAAAUGCAGUAACCUCUAUCUUAAGAUGGUGGAGUGAUUAUUGGAUUGGGUUAUUUAACCCUAUUAAUGAUAAUAAUCGCGAUCAUUACCAAUGGAUUGCAGAUAAUACUCAACUACUGAACCUAAAUUAUAGUAACUGGUAUGCUACUGAACCUAAUCAUGAAGGACCUUGUAUCGUUCUCUCGAAUAAAAAUGGUCGUUGGAAAUGGUAUGAUCGACGAUGUAAUCGAGCAUAUCGAUAUAUAUGUCAAAAAGAUGCAGUUGCAACAACAACACAAAUUUACAUUUCCUCAACUUUCCUGACUUCAUCAGCCCAAUCAUCUAGUGAUCUAGUAGAAAUUAAUCCGACAACAUCGUCAAAAUUCACUGAUUAUCCCAUUGGAACUUCAUCUAUAGAAUUAAGUUCUGAUCACAGGACAAUGGCGAUUACUUCUACUUUUAAUUCAUACACAAUUAUUUCUACUGGUAACGAAGAACAAGCAAUCACAAAAUUAAUUACAACAGAAUCAUAUAUUCCAGCAUUAACUCUAGGUCCAAAUCUAGACAUUUCUAUUACUGCUACUCCUGCAUUGUCUGCUUCUACAACAUCUGAAGUGAUUACAAGUGAUACUGAAGCUGUAUUUCUGUCAAUGAUACAAUCAAGUGACAAGAUGACAACAAAUAGUUUGAUUUCCAACUCUAUGAUUGGUUCUAAUCAUGAAAUGUCUUCAGGAAAUAAUCUACACUAUUCAAUAUCAACAGUUCCAUCAAACCAACUUCAAGUACUAACCGAGAAGCCAGUUACUACGACUGCUUUGAAUCAAGAUCAAGUUUCAUCUAUGGUCAAUUCUGUAGAGGCUCUAUCAAGCUUAAAUUUAUUUAUUUCAUCUGCUGAUAUGGACAGAAGUGUUACAAUGCAGAUAAAUCUAGAGGAACACUCUUCAAUAAACCAAUUUUCUCCUAUACUAAUAACAGCACUAUCUUCAUUAACAAUUCCUACUAAUUUCAUUAUCAAUCCAAGUAAAGAAAUGACCUCUAGUUCGACCAUUAUCUCAAUGUGUCCGAGUGUUACUCCUUUCGAAAACAUUAGUAUACAAUGUAUUCCAACCACUACAGCUCCAUCAACUAGAAUAACAUUAUCACAGACAGUAGCGACUACCCCUACAAUAAUACCACAAGGCACAGUUCGCAUUUCAAUAGCAUCAAGUCCUGAAACUGAAGUAGCUACAGGGAAAAUCACAACUACUACUACAAUAGUAACUACGCCAAUACCCUCAAGCAAAAAUUUCAUUUCUACAUCAGACUCGAUAAAUCGAACUACAUCAACAGCAUCAUUCAAACAACCCCUUAUUACGACCGAACAGCCAACACAGAUUCCAUCUACCCAGACUGUAAAAGUAACACAGAAAACUCCAAAAAUGAUGCAAAUGAUCUAUCUCAUGUUACCUAUAAUAUCCGUAAAUGCAUUUGAAGGAGGUACGCUAGCAACUAGACCUGAAAUUAAAGCUACCCCUCGUCAGCCUUCUAACACUCCUUCAUUAAAACCUGAAAGUCCUACCUCUAGUACUUUCAAAGCAACAUCUUCGAUGCCUAAAGCAACGACACCGCCGCAGUAUACGACCGUUAACACUAUCCAGACAGAAAUAAGUACAACAGCGUUUACUUCUACUACAGAGAUUGUAGACGCUGGAAAAGUUCAGUCUGUUGACAAUGCUUCGGGAAUCUUGACAAAAUUGCAAAGUGCUUUUCAGACGGAUAAUAAUGUUAAUAGUGGUGAUUUGAUUGCUACUAAAAACGCUCUAUCGGCAUUAUCGAAGAGUGUUAAUCUUAAUAACGCCAGUAGCGAUGAGAAGACAAUUUACUUUCAGAAAUACUUCACCGUUAUUGGUUCAUUAACAUCAAAGGACAAGGCUAGCGUAUGGAAAUCAGCUAAUAAGAAUUUUUCUCCAACAUCGGUCAUUUUAAAGUUAACGGAUGACAUGGCUAAAAAAGUUGCUAAUAAUUUAUUAGAAGGCCAAAUUUUCACUACCAAAACCCCGGAAAUGACUAUCCAGGUUGAGAAAGUAUCUUCAAAUCAAUUUAGACGUUCCGGUUAUAAGAUAGCUAGCCAAGGCUACCAGUUUUCACUACCUGCAACAGCGAUUGGGAAUAAUAAUAACGCCAAUGCACCAGUUAUAGCAAUUAGCAAAUUUUCCGCUUUACAAUAUAUCACAAAUGAGGAGAAAACGCCUACAACCAGCCAAGGGGCGAUUGAUAGCGAUGGCUAUAUUAAUUCCAUGGUUAUUGGCUGUUCUAUGGAUCCGCCAGCUCAACUUAAUCAUUCGCAACCUUUUACUUAUACUUUACCCUAUCAACAGACCAAUUACUCUUCGAAUUAUAAACCUUCAUGUGUCUUUUGGGACUUUCAAAAUGGGUAA